CUACUACUACCGGAGGUCACUGCCCGGUGGGCCAGGCAAAGAGAGAAGGAGAUGGAAAGCACGGCGGGCCCACCGUACAGCGAGCCGUACUCUGAUUCCACCCUUUCCAGCGUCCGUUUGUCCAAUCUCCGGUACUUGCGGAAAGGACUGGUGGUCCCCACCCAAACUCUAACUCUCCGGCGUGCGCCCCUCCCGCCGCCGUCCGAUUGCUCCACGAUGAAUCCAGACCGUCCAUCUCGCCCCCCGGAAUCGGAUAAGGACACCCCCUCCGCCGCCACGCGUCGCGUCCCUACUGGAUGCAGUAAGAAGCUAUAUCUCCUGUGGCGCGACGGCGCAGAAGAUCCUCCUCCUCCUCCUCCUGCUUCCAUUCCAUUUUUUUCCAUAAUUCCAUUCCACCAAAGCCAAAAAUUCAUAAUAAAAAGAAAGGAAAAAAAAGAGAAAAGGAAAAUCUCCCUCCUCCUCCUCCUGCGAGCUGGCGAGAGAGCGAGACGCUGCUCAGUUCGUCGUCUCGCUUCGCCUCGCCGGCGUUUGGAUUGGAAUCUCCGCUCCGGCGAGGAAUUUCACCCUACAAUAUUAGCCCACCGCCCGCCGGCCGGCGCGCGCCAUCCUCUAGAAGAUUCUCGCGCCAAAAGAGUCCCCUCGGAUUCCUCACCACCUCUUGGAUUGGAUACCUCAGCUCAGGCUGCUUCUACUACCGCAUCUCUCUCGCCGCCUCCUCCUGAGACGUAGUGGACGACGUCGCUAUGGGGGGACUCGCGUAGGCGGCACCUCGCCGCCGCGGGGGAGAUGGAGGACGACAUCGAGGAGGGCGUGGCCGAGAGCUCGGGACCCUCUCCCCGUGCCGCCGCCGCCGCCGCGGGACUCGGUUCCGGCGGCGGCGGCGGCGGCGGUAGCGUGCACGGGUCCCCUGACAUUAGGAACGUCAUCUACGAGCGCCUGGUGGCGAUUCGCAACGAGGAGGCCAUCUCCAACCCUUCCUCCUUCCGCGUUGAGCUCGACCGCCACUUCCUUCGCUUGCCCGAAAGCUAUUUGAUCGAUCUGGAUGUCAGCAAGGCAGAGCAAGUGCUGCUGCACCGGAGGAUUCUCGCCGACUGCGCCGACCCUGAAAAGCGCCCAAUCUUCCAUGCCCGCUACAUAGGGGUAGACUCUGGAUCAACUCCAACUGAAAACGGUAAUGGUGGGGGCUUUCUCCCUAUCAAUUUGAGAGAUGAUGAAUUCACAGAAUCCGAGCCAUAUGAAAGGAUGAUGGAAGACCUGAGUCUAGAGAGAGGAAAAGGUGUGGAUGACUUCGAAGCCAGUUCUGCAAGAAGGGACUCGAAAUUCGUCCGUGUUCAUGAAAUUAUUUUUUCUUCCAUAGACAAGCCAAAGCUCCUCAGUAAGCUAUCCGCGAUACUGUCUGAUAUUGGGUUGAACAUCCGUGAAGCUCAUGUGUUCUCAACAUCAGAUGGCUUUUGUCUCGAUGUGUUUGUUGUUGAUGGCUGGGAUACAGAGGAAACGGAUGGUUUGCUUCAGAAGCUUAUAGAGGCAGAGGCAAGCAGCCAUGGCUCAUUGUCUAAUCCGACAAAUUUGUCACAAUCAGAGAAAGUUCUAGAGCUGCAGGAAAAGAUAGGAGAUUCUGAAUUCGACAGGAGUUUGCUGCAAAUUGGGGAGAAAAUUGCAUCCGGAUCUUCUGGGGAUCUAUAUCGAGGAACUUAUCUCGGUGUGGAUGUUGCAGUAAAAUUUCUUAGAUCUGAACAUGUUAACGAUUCUUCGAAAGUGGAGUUCUUGCAAGAAAUAAUGAUUUUAAAUGAAGUCAUGUCCAGGAGUGUUGAUCAUGAAAAUGUUGUCCAAUUUUAUGGAGCUUGCACAAAGCAUCGAAAGUAUCUCAUUGUAACAGAGUACAUGCCCGGAGGUAAUUUGUAUGACUUCCUUCAUAAGCAAAACAAUACUUUGGAGCUUCCUGUUGUUCUUAGGAUUGCUAUUGGUAUCUCAAAAGGAAUGGAUUAUUUGCACCAGAAUAAUAUCAUCCAUAGGGACUUGAAGACUGCCAAUUUGCUAAUUGGCUCUGGUCAAGUCGUGAAGAUCGCAGACUUUGGUGUCUCUCGGCUCCGAUCUCAAGGGGGAGAAAUGACUGCUGAAACUGGCACGUAUAGAUGGAUGGCACCUGAGGUAAUAAACCAUAAGCCUUAUGACCAUAAGGCAGAUGUCUUCAGCUUUGCUAUUGUUCUAUGGGAGUUGGUCACUACAAAGAUACCAUACGAAAAUCUGACACCCUUGCAAGCUGCACUGGGAGUAAGGCAGGGAAUGCGCAUGGAGAUCCCACCGAAGGUGCAUCCGAGGUUGUCCAAACUGAUUGAACGAUGUUGGGAUGAAAAUCCUCAUGUGCGGCCCCUUUUCUCAGAGAUUACUGUAGAAUUGGAAGAUAUCUUACGGCAUGUCCUGGUUUCCAAGACAGGAAGUCGACAUCCCAAAGCAAAGAUACAAAAGAAAUCGGCGCGAUAGAGAAUACAUGGGCUCCUUGUGACCUUUGUGAAAACAGCUUAGAGGUUUUCUUCAAAACUACCAGGCUACUGUUUGUUGCUAGCACGGCAGCAUAGAAAUGAUUUUGUAUAUAUGUCGGAUGCUUGCAUGUAUAAUAUUUUUUUACUCACACCUGAUUGGUAUGAGUUUUCUGUUUUGUCAUAUAAUAUGUGUACUAAAUUUAGAAGAACGCUGAACAAGGCGGCAGCCACUGGGAUAUUUUAAUACAGCUCUAGUUUUUGUGUUUCCAGCCUGUGCAAUUUUGGCUCAUGUACAUCCGGCAAUAACUUAGUUGAGACUUCAGAACUUCA